UGACAAAGGUUAGGCAUGCAAACCAAUUUGGUGAGACAGAAGAGGAGUCACAUGAUAGAGAAACCGUAUGAAUGUCCAGAUAGUGGGAAAAGUUUCAAGCAGAAUUCUCACCUUGGGGAACAUCAGAGGACUCACACAGGAAAGAAGCCGUAUGAGUGUCCAGAUUGUGGGAAAAGUUUCCAGAAGAAUUCCAAGCUGGUGAUACACCAGAGGACUCACACGGGAGAGAAACCGUGCAAGUGCCCAGAUUGUGGGAAAGGUUUCAGUUGCAAUUCUAACCUGGUGAAACAUCAGAGGACUCACACAGGAGAGAAACCAUACAAGUGCCCAGAUUGUGGGAAAGGUUUCAAUUGCAAUUCUGACCUGGUGAAACAUCAGAGGACUCACAGGAGAGAAACCGUAUGAGUGUCUGUAUUGUGGGAAAA